GCGGCUGCGGGCGCGCGCAGCGCUUUAAAGGCGCGGAGGCGGCUGGAGCGGCAGCACGGCCCGGGCGGACGGCGGGACGCGGCGGCGGCUCCGGAGACAUGUGCGGCGGGCGGGGAGGCAUCUGGCUGGCUCUGGCCGCGGCGCUGCUGCACGUGUCCCUGCAAGGCGAGUUCCAGAGGAGGCUGUACAAGGAGCUGGUCAAGAACUACAACCCGCUGGAGAGGCCGGUGGCCAACGACUCGCAGCCGCUCACCGUGUACUUCUCCCUGAGUCUCCUGCAGAUCAUGGAUGUGGAUGAGAAGAACCAAGUUUUAACCACCAACAUUUGGCUACAAAUGUCUUGGACAGAUCACUAUUUGCAGUGGAACAUGUCUGAGUACCCCGGAGUGAAGAAUGUUCGUUUUCCAGAUGGCCAGAUUUGGAAACCAGACAUUCUCCUCUAUAACAGUGGGUGUCAGUUGCAUUUUGACCAAGAUCUGCAGAACAUGCUUCUCAGAGAAGCAUGUGCACAGGCUGGAGAAGAUCUAAGAGUCAGUGCUGAUGAGCGCUUUGAUGCCACGUUCCACACCAAUGUUUUGGUGAAUGCAUCUGGGCAUUGCCAGUAUCUCCCUCCAGGCAUAUUCAAGAGCUCCUGCUACAUUGACGUUCGCUGGUUCCCUUUUGAUGUGCAGCAGUGCAAACUGAAGUUUGGGUCCUGGUCCUAUGGAGGGUGGUCACUGGACCUGCAAAUGCAAGAGGCAGAUAUCAGCAGCUAUAUCCCCAACGGAGAAUGGGAUCUCAUGGGAAUCCCUGGCAAAAGGAAUGAGAAGUUCUAUGAGUGCUGCAAAGAGCCAUACCCAGAUGUCACCUACACAGUAACCAUGCGCCGUAGGACACUCUACUAUGGCCUCAAUCUGCUCAUCCCUUGUGUACUCAUUUCAGCCCUGGCUCUGCUGGUAUUCUUGCUGCCUGCAGACUCUGGAGAGAAAAUCUCUCUUGGAAUAACUGUCUUACUUUCUCUGACUGUCUUCAUGCUGCUUGUGGCUGAGAUCAUGCCAGCAACAUCUGAUUCUGUGCCCUUGAUAGCACAAUACUUCGCCAGCACCAUGAUCAUCGUGGGCCUCUCUGUAGUGGUGACAGUGAUUGUGCUGAGAUAUCACCACCAUGACCCUGAUGGUGGCAAAAUGCCUAAGUGGACCAGAAUCAUUCUCCUGAACUGGUGUGCAUGGUUUCUGCGCAUGAAGAGGCCCGGAGAGGACAAGGUGCGGCCAGCUUGUCAGCACAAGCCUCGGCGCUGCAGCCUGGCCAGUGUGGAGCUGAGUGCAGGUGCUGGGCCACCCACCAGCAAUGGCAACCUGCUCUACAUUGGCUUCCGAGGCCUGGAGGGCAUGCACUGUGCCCCAACUCCAGACUCUGGGGUCGUAUGUGGCCGUUUGGCCUGCUCCCCAACACAUGAUGAGCACCUCAUGCACGGUGCACACCCCUCUGAUGGGGACCCCGACCUGGCCAAGAUCCUGGAGGAGGUCCGCUACAUCGCCAACCGCUUCCGCUGCCAGGACGAGAGUGAGGUGAUCUGCAGUGAAUGGAAGUUUGCAGCCUGCGUGGUGGACCGCUUGUGCCUCAUGGCCUUUUCGGUCUUUACCAUCAUCUGUACCAUCGGCAUCCUCAUGUCAGCUCCAAACUUUGUGGAGGCUGUGUCCAAAGACUUUGCUUAAUGUUAUCAAGUAGGAAAUGCGCAGAUAAGAAGAGAAUCUGGAGGGUGAGAAUUGGGGUCCUAACUCCACAGUGUGAUAAAUGGAAGAACUCUGAGGUAUCCCUGUAGCUGUCAAUCUUGAGACUUAGUUUUCUGGUUACUUUAACUGAAAAGAUCUCAGCAGCCUUCUGUUUAUUCUUCUCUCCCUUAUCACUGGCAUAGCCUUGUACUCAGCAGGGGCACUACGUGGUCGUUUGUCUGCUCUGGACAGCCCUAUAGGAUAGAUCUUAGUGGCUCUUGCAGCCCAGUAAAAGCCUGUCCUGUUGGUGGUGCAUGGAAACAUGCCCCAGUCCUGGGCUCACAAGAAUUCGCUGUCUGCCUUUGCUAUGCGCAGACCCAGGCUGAAACCAAUGCAGAGCAGUCCCCACUGGAUCCACCGCAGCAACUGCCAUGAAAAAGGAAGGCAAAUACAAAUUCAAACUGCAAACUUCUCUGCUAGUUUCUCUGCUAGUUUUCCUGUGAUUCAACUUACAUUUCUGUCUGUUUAUCUGUCUGUCUGUCUGUCUGUCUAUCUAUCUAUCUAUCUAUCUAUCUAUCUAUCUAUCUAUCUAUCUAUCUAUCUAUCUAUCUAUCUAUCUAUCUAUCAUCUAUCAUCUUUGUCUUUUCUAAUGACAACUCUAUACCAGGGAGAAAGUUGGCCUUCUAAAUGAUGUUUUAAGCAAGCUAAUUCCUGUAGAUUUGUCCUGACAAUUAAAUUAGCACACAGGUUGCAUCAGUUCAAAACUAGGACUCACCCUAGCCAAAAGGGUUUUGAGGCUUUGGCCCCUGUAGAUCUCAGAUGACCCCCAAGCUUCAUGUUGACAUGUUCCGUGUCCUAAGGAGUUUAAUGAAUUUGUUUGUAUAAAACCUGAAGGGAAAAUAGAGUUCUGAGUGUUAACUAAGGACUAGCUGAAACUUACCUAAACUCUGUGUGUGUGUGUGUGUGUGUGUGUGUGUGUAUGUGUGUGUGUUAAAAAUAAAAGCAUGUUAGUUGCUGUGCAUGUCAGACUUCACAAGUCUUAGAAGGUUUUGCAUCAGUACCGCUGCUCAUCAAGUGCACAUACCCUCUGGCUUUUUCCCCAUGUGAGGCUAGAAAGAAUCAGUUUAGUCCCCCCUGGGCUCCUGUGUGACAGGAACUGUGGAGCGAUGCUGUGGAGCACUCAUCCAGAUACAAAGCUAGUACCGUCAGAAUUAGGCUUCUGAGGAUCUGCUUUCCUAUGGCUUCAGAUGCAAAGCUCACUCUGUCCGUGCCUGGAGUCACUGGAGAUGGGUGUGAAGUGUUGUUGUUUAUGUUUUUUCCUUCUUCUGAGCUAAGGUCCCUCUGGCUGUAUAGCUCAUACCAGCCUGUUUGCACUUCACAUCUUUAUUUGUUAAUGAGAUGAGAGGCUUUUUUUUUUUACCAAGAAAAACUGCUGGAUAGUGUUGUUGAACUUCUUGAGGAUUAAAACUAUAUCAAGCUUCUGAAACUCCCAGAAACUUUAAACUUCUGACUCCAGAAAUGGAAUCAUGAGAGAAGAUUAGAUUUCUCAGAAUAACAAAAGCCAAAUACUCACAUUUUCCCAACCAUUAAUUUUUAAUUUUACUGUAGAAAGAUGAAGGCUUGGUGGUACUCUGUGUGUACAUGGGCAUGUGCAUGUAUGCACUGUGUGUGUGUGUAUGUGUGUGUGUCUGUGUGUGUGUGUGUGUGUGUGUGUGUGUGUGUGUGUGUUUGGCUGAAGAGAGGAGAUAGUGCAAGUGACAUGGAUAAAUUUGGAGACUGUUGAUUUCAGCACCCCCCAUCCGGAGCAGGAUCAUUCCCAGCAUGCAUCUGUUACAUACAGUAUCAUUAAGUGGUAUAAAGUAUUUUGCUGGUAUUAUGCUUUUUGAUUAAAGUAACUAGAAACAAAUAGAUAUGUUUUGAUACCCAAAGACCAGGCUUUGUGUCUUACUGGUAAAAAUUGAACCCUAGCCAUUGCUUUGACUAUCUGAGUAAUUAUUAUCGUUAUAAACUAAUGAUAAAGAAUAGCUGUGCUCAUAGUUAGGUGUGUGCAGUUCAAAACAGUCUCUCCUUGCUCCCAUUUCCUUCUAGGGACAGUGUUAGAGAGAAAGAACGGAAAGGUGGGAACAGAGAGAGGGAGGAGAACACGGAGAGACUUGGUUGUUGCUUUCCUAGAACUUGUGUUUGAAAAGUGCUAGGCACCUAGUCUUUUGUCCUAGAAAGCUUUCCAUAAUGGUCUAAAGGUCUACCUCAUUCCUCUUAAUAGCUGCUUAGAGUUCCUCUCCAUUGGUGGCUUAUAAUUUAUUGGAUCAGUCUUUUAGGGAUGAACACAUAGCUGCAACAUUUCCAAGUUUUAUUUUUAUACACAAGUCUAUAGUUAGCAUUUUGGUGCGUACUUUGCCAAAAUUUUUGUGUAUAAAUUCCAGUUUAGAAAUGGAACUACUGGAUCUAAGACUAUGUGAGACUCUAGAUAAAUAUAUCCAGAUGGUCCUCCCUGAGCUGGUCAGUGGAUACCCCUAUCUAAGUUAAAAGGCCAGAUUCUCAGCUUACUGCUGUUAAAUAUUUUCAGAUUUAAUUUUUCCCUUUCUGAUCUUAUGGGUAAAAAUGAUGAGGCAAAAACAUUCUGAUUUUGGUUCAUUUUACUAUGAGCAAGGUUGAAGUUUUCAUAUAUAUAUAUAUAUAUAUAUAUAUAUAUAUAUGUAUGUAUUGGUAAUUUCAGUUUUAUAAUAUUUAUAACUUUAAUACAAAUUUCAGGUUUUUUAUUCUUUUAGCUUUUAUUUAUCAUUUGUUUUUUAUGGUGUUCAUUGAUUGUGUGUUUAUAUUAGAAAGUUUAAAACUCUGUGUUGUUAGUUUAUUUAUGUUUUACUUUGUAGAACACGAUUGCCACCUAGGUUUGAAGAGGCCUUCCUGUGUUAAAAUUACAAAUAAAUUAGUCAUAUUUUAUUUCUAAAAUUUAACAUUUCUACUUGUUUGCCUUUAUAACUUUUCAUUCUUUAAGACUCAUUAUAGGAAAUGUAGAUAAAGGUGUAGUUGCUUAUGACCUAGGGUGGUCACUGGUACACAGACAUAUAAUUAAGCGUUUCUAAAAUGCAGUGAGACUCCACACUAUUCAGAUUGUCACCUUCUGUGGAAACUAUGUUUCUCCAAGUGCUUUUCUGUUCCACUGAUUAAUCUGUCUCAAUGCUGUUGAUUUACAAAGUUUUCUUGGUAUUACCAGUAUUUUCAAGUAGAUACUAUUUUCCAACCCCUCCCUCUUAUUCUUUGUGUUAUGAACUGGGGUCGAAAUGGAUUCACACAGCAGGUCUUCCUGUUAGGGAGCACCACAAGUUCAGCUUGUACUCAAAUGUAGUAUUAUGGCAGUCAGUAGGGCUGCUCAGAAAAACUGAACAGUUCUUGCUGUUUAUUUCUGGCUCUCCUAUCAGUUGGUUACCAUUUUCAGUUUACGUUUCUUUUGGUUUUCUAGCCAAGUAUAUAUAGGACAGUGGUUGUGUUUUGUAUGUUAAUGUUAAAUAAUUUGUCACCACAAUUGUGUCUGAUUUCCCUUUGACUCAUUCUUCCUAAUAUCUUUACUUCCUUUUCUAUCGAAUUGCACUUGAGAACAGUAAUUGGCUUGUUUGCAUACGUGUCUUGUUCUUAAUGUUGAUGGAUGUUUUAAUGAUGCACAACUUUACUUGUAUGAAGACAUGUAUUUUCUUCAUCGUAAUAAAAAUUAUACAUGUAUCCUUUCAACCAU